UUCUCACCUCAAGCUUCUCCCUCACCCAGACCCCGUCUUAACAGCUCGGGCUCUUCUCAUCUCCCCUCAGUCCUUUGUUUGUCUGAAUCCCCCAUACAACAAUCUUCCGCAAUGGCUUCCGGCGCUGCUUCCACCGGCUCGACCAAGGUCGACGCCGUCGUCCAGACCAUCAAGGCUGAGGAGCCCAAGAAGCUCACCGGCUUCGCCCUCUACUCGCGAUUCGCCCUCGCCGGUGCUGCCUGCUGCUCCAUCACCCACGGUGGUCUUACUCCCGUCGAUGUCGUCAAGACUCGUAUCCAGCUCGACCCCGUCACCUACAACCGCGGUCUGGUCGGUGGCUUCCGCCAGGUCGUCCAGAACGAGGGUGCUGGCGCUCUCCUCACCGGUGCCGGCCCCACCUUUGCCGGUUACUUCCUCCAGGGCGCCUUCAAGUUCGGAGGUUACGAGUUCUUCAAGCAGCAGUGGAUCGACCAGCUCGGCUACGAGACUGCCUCCAGGAACCGCACUGCCGUCUACCUCGCCUCUUCCGCCACCGCCGAGUUCUUCGCCGAUAUUGCCCUCUGCCCCCUUGAGGCCACCCGUAUCCGUCUCGUCUCUGAGCCUACCUACGCCAGCGGUCUCAUCUCUGGUUUCGGCAAGAUGCUCAAGAACGAGGGUAUCGGUGCUUUCUACGCUGGUUUCGGUCCCAUCCUCUUCAAGCAGAUCCCUUACACCAUGGCCAAGUUCGUCGUCUACGAGAAGGUUGCCGAGGCUGUCUACCGCCAGUUCCCCAAGAAGGACAUGUCCGACGGCAUGCAGACCGUUGUCAACCUGGGCUCUGGUCUGACCGCCGGUUUCGCCGCCGCCAUUGUCUCUCAGCCCGCCGACACCAUGCUCUCCAAGAUCAACAAGACCAAGGGUCUCCCCGGUGAGGGCACCACUUCUCGUCUCAUCAAGAUCGGCAAGGAGCUCGGUCUCCGUGGCUCUUACACCGGUAUUGGUGCCCGUCUCUUCAUGGUCGGUACUCUCACCGCCGGUCAGUUCGCCAUCUACGGUGACCUGAAGAAGGCCCUCGGUGCCGUCGGUGGUGUCGAGAUCGCUGCUUAAACGAUCCGAAAUGUCGAAAUGAAAAGGGGAAGCGAGGGAAAGUGUACGAGCUGUCUGGGAACCGUGGCCUGAGCAGUGCCCAAGAGCUGGGCCUGCUUUGAAACGAACGCUCGCUGCUGUUUCUUUUACAAUGGAUACCUUGUUCAAUGGAAGUAGGGGGCUGCACAAGGCUUGCGGUCAGCAGGCUCCUCGUCCAGGGAGGGACGGUCAGGGGAAGGGAAACAAAAAGUGAAUCCUUUGGAAAAGAACAGGGGGUUACUCGUUUUUCGUCUCAUGUGUGCUUAUGAUACCUCGAGCAUAGAGUGGGUAGACGGGUGGUACCCUGCCGAAGGGUUGUAUAAUAGUCCUUUUUUUACGCUUCAAUCAUAGACUGGGAGUUUUUGGACUCUUCAUCUGACGA